GUGGAGCAUUGUGUGUCAGUCAGGCGGUCAUUUCGGAUGUCACUCUCGGCAACUAUAAAUGGAGUUGAGUGAACUGCUUCCACAAUCAGUUGCCGAGAUGCGCUUGCUAAUCUUGCUGGUCAUCUGCCUGAGCAUCUGCUCGCACUCCAUUUCCAGCCUGAAGUGCAGAUCGCAGGAGGGAUUGGGUGAGGCAGAGCUGAAGAGAACCGUUCGGAGCUGCAUGCGCCGGCAGGACGAUAAUGAGGAUCGAGGACGCGGACAGACAGGCAGGCAAGGAGGUGGACAUGGCUAUGAUUUUGGACGCAAUCAGGAUGACGAUCAGGACCAAGACCGGGAUAGGAAUCAGGGAGGCCGCAGUGGCUAUGGGAACCGGUGGCAGCGAAGCCCGAGUCGGCAGCAGGAGAGCAGGAACAACACUGGAGGAGGCGAUGGAGGUCAGUGUGUGGCCCAGUGCUUUUUCGAGGAGAUGAAUAUGGUGGACGGCAAUGGAAUGCCUGACCGACGCAAGGUGAGCUACUUGCUGACCAAGGACCUGCGCGACCGGGAGCUCCGCAGCUUCUUUACGGACACGGUGCAGCAGUGCUUCCGGUAUCUGGACAACGUCGGCCGGAGCAGGCAGAACAAGUGCGCCGUCUCCCGGGAGCUGGUCAAGUGCAUGUCAGAGUACGCGAAGGCGCAGUGCGAGGAUUGGCAGGAGCACGGCAACAUGCUCUUCACCUAGCUCCUAACCCCCAUUUACCCCGCUCUUU